AUGGAUAAACCAUAUGACGAAACAGUUGAUGUGCCGGAUUCAGAAGAUAUAGCAACACCACGACUGCAACAGUCUCUUGCUGAAAAUUUUGAUAGGUUUCGAGUUGAUCAUUUAGAUUCUCAUAGAGAUAACAGUAAAUCAGUAAGAAAAAUAAAGAAUGAAUUACUAAAUAAAUCAAUUAAAACUGCACCAAAAUCAGUCAUUGAAAAGAAGUCAAACAAUGAAAAAUUAAGUAGUCAAGAUAGUUCCGGAGAUGACGAUGAUGAGGAUGAGGAUGAUGAUGAUGACGACGAUGAUGAGGAUGAAGAUGAUGAAGAUGACGAUGAUGAAAAUUCUAAUAUCCCUGAUGUCAUUGAAGGUGUCUACAAUCCGGCCGAUUAUGAACAUUUGACUGUAUCGUCUGAAAUUAAGGAAAUUUUUGAAUAUAUUCAAAGAUAUACACCUCAAACAAUCGAAUUAGAAACAAAGUUGAAACCAUUCAUUCCUGAUUAUAUACCAGCUGUUGGAGAUAUUGAUGCAUUUUUAAAAGUGCCCAGACCAGAUGGUAAACCAGAUUAUUUAGGUUUAUUGGUCUUGGAUGAACCAUGUGCUAAUCAGUCAGAUCCAACAGUACUUAAUUUACAAUUGAGAGCUUUGUCAAAGCAAACUGCAACAAAACAAGUAAUAGUUAAAAGUAUUGAAAACGCUGAACAACAAACAAAAGUCAUAGAAAAUUGGAUUAAAAGUAUAACAGAGUUGUAUAGAGCCAAACCUGCACCAACUGUACACUAUACAAGAAACAUGCCAGAAAUAUCUGAACUUAUGGCUGUAUGGCCAACAUCUUUUGAAGAAACCAUAAAUAAUAUGCAGUUAUCACUAUCUGAGUUGGAUUGUAGUUUAAAAGAUUAUGUAGAUAUAAUCUGUGCACUUCUAGACAUUCCAGUUUACAACAAUCGAAUACAUUCAUUACACUUAUUAUUUUCUUUAUAUUUGGAAUUUAAAAAUUCUCAACAUUUCCGUCAAAAUGAAUCCGUUAUUACUUGA